CUCCCUCCCCGAAAACACGUUCUCUGCUCCACCACUCGUGUUUGCAGAGACUGCACUGUGGCUCCUCUCAGGCUUUGUCCACUUUGAGGUUCUUCGCACUGUUGCUGAACAUCUGGACCAGAAUUUACCUUCAGAGAUAUCCUCUGGAAAAUUUGUAUUUUUUGCAGAUUUGAAUUAUGGUUCUUCAGAGUAUCCUGCAUGUGUUCAUCACUCUGUUGCUGUUGAGCAGUCCAAUCACUACGGAAAGAGCUUCAGGAACAAGUCGUCUGCCCCUCAGUGCUGCGCCGUAUGUCAAUGAUUGGUCGAUCCCUCAGCGCAGCCUGUGGGGGAACGUCGUUGACUUCACCCGCGCCAAUUGCGCCCGGUGGAGACUAAAGGUGUCCCUCCCCGCCCUGCAGGAGCUCACGGCCUGCUUCAGCAUGAAGUCCAAGACCACCGAAGACCACACGCCGUGGACGGCCUUCAUGUACACGCAUGGCGAGGCCCAGGGCGCUGCGCUGGGCCUGGGGGGAAGGGAGGGUCGCUUAGUGGUCUGGCUGCUGGGGACCAAGUGGACCACCACAGGGAUGGUCCUUCCUCGGUCCCAGUGGUCCUCGCUGUGCCUGACCUGGACACAAACUAAAGACCGACCGGCCCUGUACGUCAACGGCGACCUGGUGGACAUCCAGGCAGAAUCGACCCCCUCCUGCACCGACCCCAGCUGCGAACUAGCUGCCAACGGGACACUUACUCUGGGUGCAUCACGACACCUGGUCAACGGGAAGGUCAUCUCGCGUCCCGCUCCGGUGGGCAAACUCUCUCUAUUUCGAUUGUGGGAUCGAGAAAGGAGCCACCAGGAAGUGAUAUCACAAUGCACCGAAGGCAGCCUGGUGCAGUGGGAGAUGGACGACUGGGACUCUCAGGCCUGUGAUCCGAUCCCUGACCCCAGCCUGCAGUGCGGUGAGCCGAUGGAGAACAACAUUUACAUCCACUGGAAUAUGUAUUUCUCUGAUAAAGUACAACGUUUUCUUUCAAAUUUGAACGCAAGAAGUUUGGAUAUUUUCUUCCCCUUUUCCCACAGUGUUAACGCACCAAAGCAGUAAAGGGUCUGUCAGUGUCAUCAAGUGUUUUACAGCUUUUUCCAUCCUUAAUGGUUGCCUCCGUGGCUGCUUUGGUUUACUGUGUGUCCUCAGCCCUCAAAUUCAAUAUUGACCCACGGUCUCUUUGUCAGUUCGGUAAAUAUAGACGCCGUACUGUGAUCAAUAACAUGACGAUCAGAAGCAUUUAAUCACACGGCUGUCAGAGGUUGUUAUUUUCUCUUUGCAAAGCUAGAACGAGCUGUAAUGGUCACCAUAAAACUUUAUGUUAACCUUUGUUUACAACGCGGGGUCAGCAUGUCUCUGAUUGUGUGUACUUGGCUGGGAUCGAGCCAUUAACCCGUCUAGUUUUCAUUUUUUCCCAUUGUGACAUCAUCGCCAGCACACAUUAAGUGAAUCUCCUUAAUUAAGGAAUUAAGAAUCCUAUUUUUUCUAAAAUCUAAAACAUAUCUACCAAAU